GCUGCCCGUCGCUCUGUGUUCCAGAACAAGAUCGUGGACCGGUGUGAGCGGCUCCAGCUGCAGAGUGCUGCCAUUGCCCGGCACGUGGACGACGUGCUGCCCGCCAAGGACCAGGGUGUCCUGAAUGCAGCCAAUGCGGCGCGGGAGCUGGUAAUCCAGAGGCUGAUCUUUGUGGGGAACGUGUGUGAAAAUGAAGAACAGCGGUUGCUGGAGAAGGUGCACGUGGAGGAGGAGCGGGUGCACCAGAGCAUCCUGACCCAGCGGGCGCACUGGACUGAGGCUUUGCAGAAGCUGGCUGCCCUCCGAACCUACCUGGUGGACAUGAUCACCAACGUGGAUGACCAGGGCCUGGUGCGUGCAGAACAAGAGAUCUUCGAGAGGACAGAGGUGGCGGAGGGAAUCUUAGAGCCACAGGAGUCCCUGAAGUUAAACUUUAAUCAGACCUGUGUUCAGAGUCCACUGCUGCAUCGACUAUGGGCCUCUGCUGUUCUCUGCUGCGUCGCAGGCUCACAGGAGAUUCACAUCGAUGAGAAAACUGUCAGCCCCCACCUCAGCCUGUCAGAAGAUGGGAAAACCCUGACCUUCAGCCCUAAGAAAGCAAAGGUGGACUUGGACUGCCCUGAGCAAUUUGACCACUGGCCCAAUGCUUUGGCUGCUGUGGCUUUCCACUCUGGAGUCUGCGCCUGGAAGAUCAGCGUGGAGAAGAGCUGCGCCUACAAGCUGGGCGUUUGCUACGGCUCCCUGCCACGGAAGGGGUCUGGUAACGAAGCCCGUCUGGGCUUCAACGCCGCCUCCUGGGUCUUCUCACGCUACGACAAGGAGUUCAGGUUCCUGCACGCCGGGCACCCACAGGCGGUGGAGCUGAUCAAGUCUCCAUCCGCGAUCGGGGUGCUGGUGGACUUCGCGGGAGGGGAGGUGCUCUUUUACGACCCCGAUUCCUGCGCCAUCCUCUUCUCCCACAGGGAGACCUUCACUGAGCCCCUCUACCCCGUCUUUGCUGUGGCGCACCAGAGCAUCUCGCUGGCCCAGUGA